ACGGCAAUGUACACCUUCACCUUCUUGUGUGCCUUUGGCUUCUUUGCUGCUCUCCAGGUGCCUGGCACCUUGUCAGAGGAAGUGGAGACCUUGGCAGUAAGCACCAUCCUGGCCUCCUCCUCAGACCAAAGAGAGAUUGUGAACAAGCAUAAUGCCCUGAGGAGAGGGGUUCAGCCUCCUGCCAGCAACAUGUUGAGAAUGAGCUGGAACAGCGAGGCUGCAGCCAACGCUCAGAGAUGGGCAAACACCUGCUCCAUGAAGCACAGCCCUGCCAGCUCCAGAAAGAUCAGCACUAGCGAUUGUGGAGAGAACCUGUACAUGUCCAGCUACAAGAACACAUGGAGCAACGCCAUCCAGUCCUGGUACGACGAGGUGAAGGACUGGCGCUACGGAGUGGGAUCUGUCAACGGAGGAGUGGUCGGACAUUACACACAGGUUGUCUGGUACAGGUCCAACCAGAUUGGCUGUGCCAUGGCAUACUGUCCCAACUCUGCAUACAAGUACUUCUACGUCUGCCACUACUGCCCACCGGGAAACUACCAGUACGCUCGCCCCUACAAGUCAGGACCCUCCUGCGCCGACUGCCCCAAUGCCUGCGACAACAAACUGUGCACCAACCCCUGUCCCUACACUGAUCAGUACAGUAACUGCCCCGAGCUGAAGCAGCAGUGGGGCUGCAGCAACAAGGACGUGGCCUCUUGGUGUCCCGCCUCCUGCAAGUGCACGUCUCAGAUUAUUUAA